AUGGCCCUCCAGACGAUCUUCUUGAUGGGUGCGCCAUUGCCGAGCAGCCUUGACUGGGAAAAUGAUGAACUGCUCAACGGCCCUAUACAGCCAUUUCAAGGCGCAGACAGCAUCCAUGAACACGAGACGUCAAUCAUUCAAAGUGGAGAUCCCGUUAAAUGGAGAGUUCUUCAACCGCUUUCCAUGGAACAUCCAACAAGCCACUACGAAUUCUAUCAUGGGCCAGAGGAUCUAACUUUCCUGAACACACAUCAGCUGGUAGCAGCUGAUAACGACUCAAUGAAUGAGGACUCCAUUCUUUCGGAGUUCUAUGAUCAUUCAUUCGUCGUGCACGAAACGUCAGAAAUAUCUGCCUCGGGGCUACGAGACGAAGAAUCUACACAAGAGAGCGUUCCUCUGCAAUCUUGUAUAGAUGCUACCUCAACCAGGACGGCAGCAGAAGUAAAUGACCCCGAAUUGCCAGGUUCUUUGCAGAUUUCUGGCCCAAUUAGCGAUCUGCAACAUCUCCCUACAGCAAGAUAUCUGCAGUCCAUCACGCCGCAGACAAUGACGGUCAACUUGGUCGUGGGUAUCCUUGCGAUCCACCCUCCGCGUCGUGUGGUGACCCGACAAUGGAAGACCGAGCUCGACAUCAUCGAAUUAAUAGUUGGCGACGAGACCCGAACAGGCUUUGGGGUCAAUUUCUGGCUUCCAACUCAAACCUCCAUCUCUAGCAAGACCCAGGAAGCGGAUCGCCUCAGUCGCUCGCUGGCCAUGCUACGCCCUCGAGACAUCAUCUUGCUCCGCACUGUCGGGCUCAGUUCAUUCCGGGAUCAGGUCUACGGACAAAGUCUGCGGGGAGGAAUGACCAAAAUUAAUCUGCUGCAUCGUCAACCGGUGGACGCGACGGAUACGGCUGGGUUCUACAAGGGCGAUUUGCGACGGGAUAGCUCCCACGAUCAUGCCGAUCUGCCGCUACAGAAAGCUCGGCGAGUUCGAGAAUGGGUCUUUCAGUUUGUGGAUGCCACGGAUGGAGCAGGCGGUGGCCCGUCAGGAAUGUCUGAGACACAACGUGGCCAUCAGCGGCUGCCCCCGGACACUCAAUGA